UAUUCACAUGCUCGCGAAGGGCUUGUCCGUAAUUUCCCUAAAAAAGAAGACCAGUGGCAUAUCCGUAAAUACGGAGUAGUCCCCCUCCGCGCACGAACGCAACCGUCGACCUAGGGUUUCCCAAUUUUGAAAAAAGGGAAAUUUAAUUUGCUGCUUUAAAAAGCCAAAGAUUUAUUUUUUAAAACCCCCUUCGAAUCCAACGGCUUCGAGAUUUCAAAACUCGCUGAGAAUUUCCCCCUAAAAAGGUGAAUUCUUACCCUUUUUUCGAUUUCAUUCGUUUGAUUCGCGUCCUUUUGUGCGAAUCGCUUACUAAUUUUGGAUAUAGAUAUCGUUCUUGAAGUAGUAAUUCUUUUGAAUUUUGGGAAGUUUUUGUCUAAUUAAUUGUCUCAUAUCGAAGGGUAUAUGUAGUAAUUGUGUACUAAAACCCUAGAAGCGUAGCAGAUUGAUCAUGAAAAAUUCAGUUUUACGGUGAUUAUAUCCCCUUUUGAGAGUUUGUUUUGUGAAUUCUUGAACCAAUCCGAAGAAAUCAGCUUCAAUUUCUGAUUGAACCCUCAAUUUCUAGUGUUUCUUCCUUCGAAAUUUCUUCGGCCCCCCUGAAGCUACUAUCGAAACCACAGAGUGAUAAAACCCUAGAAGUGUAGCAGAUUGAUCAUGGAAAGGUUUGCUUAAGAGUGAUCUACAUCGCGUUCUGAGAGUUUUUUGUGCUAAAACCCUAGAAGUGUAGCAGAUUGAUCAUCGAAAAGUUUGCUUAAGAGUGAUCUACAUCGCGUUCUGAGAGUUCGUUUGUGCUAAAACCCUAAAAGUGUAGCAGAUUGAUCAUGGAAAAGUUUGCUUAAGAGUGAUCUACAUCGCGUUCUGAGAGUUCGUUUGUGCUAAAACCCUAGACCCUAGAAGUGUAGCAGAUUGAUCAUGGAAAAGUUCUCUUAAGAGUGAUCUACAUCGCGUUCUGAGAGUUUGUUUUGUGGAUUCUUGAACCAGCUCGAAGCGAUCAGUGUCCAGAUAAAACAGUAGCUUCUUAGUGUUUUUCUUGUUGGAAAACUAUGGAAGUUUCUUUCUCCAGAAUUCACCCCUAAGUAUCCUAAAAUAAGCGAGAUAAGUUAAACUUCUUAUCUUUUGGUUUUUUUACAAUGGCAUCAUCCCCUUCUAGUUCUGCUUCUGAACCUGCUAUAAUCGAGCAAGUAAUCACUGAAUUCUUUGCCAAGAGCCUCCACAUCAUACUUGAAUCCAGGUCUCCCUAUGUCUCUUCCCGAAACUACUCUGCAGACCUCUUCACAUCCUCUCCAUCAUCAUCCUCAUCUUCCUCAAGUGGCCGGCCGAGGGACAAGUGGUUCAACUUGGCCUUAAGGGAUUGCCCAGCUGCACUAGAGAACUUUGACUUGUGGCGGCAGAGCAAUCUUGAACCCUUGGUUGUUGACAUAAUCUUGGCCCGUAGGAGGACCGGGCAUGAUGAGUUCUUGCCAAGUAACAGGAGUGAAAAAACUGUAGAGAGAUGGGUUGUUCAGUAUGAAAGCAGGAAAAGCUCCAACAUUCCAAGGGAGGUGCAUUCAAGUAGUAAACGAAGUGGUAGUAGCUCUCACUCAUCUGAGAUUCCAUCUAUGUAUAAGAAAACAUACAAGAGAACAAUUGUUAUGCUUCGGUCUUUGUAUUCUACUGUCCGGCUUUUGCCAGCAUAUAAAGUUUUUCGAGACCUUAAUUCCUCUGGCCGAAUUUGCACCUUGAGCCUCUCCCACAAAAUAUCUUCUUUUGUUGAGCCGUUCACUCGAGCAGAGGAGGCAGAUAUGAAACAGUUCAAUUUUGUGCCUGUUGACACGCCCUGUGGAAGGUUAUCAUUAUCAGUUUCUUAUCUUCCAUCACUGGACGAUGUGAGUUCUGAGCCUUCUACACCAAUAUCAACACAGUUCAUACCGGAUUAUGUUGGGAGCCCAACAACUGAUCCUCUUAAGAGGCUGCACUCGCUUCCAUCUACAGGAUCACUGCCUACUUAUAUUUCAUUUACCAGAAGGCAUAGUUGGAGCAAUGAUCAUGGACCACCUUCCGUAUCUGCCUCGCCAUCGCCUACGUACUCUGAUUCUCGUGCUUUGAAUUCUACUCCAAGUGCUGGCCUUCCUCCUCGGGUUCAUCCACAUGAUCACUCUCCAUCUACAUGUCCAGCUUCACAUGACUCAUCGUUGUCAGCCCAUAAGAAGAACACGAGUUUUGAUGAGUAUUGGCCUUCACCUCCAUACUCACCAUCUUCUUCCCCUUCACCACCAACCCAUUUGCCUGGUUCCCAUUUGCAAAGUUCUCUGCUACGGGCAGAAAGUGCCCCAGUCAGCAUUCCCUUGCCCAGGCUUGGGAUGAAUAGUGGAUUAGUUACUCAAGGUUUGCCUCCAUCCCCUUCUCCAAAGAGUGGGAAGGCUGGAUUUUCCUCUAAGGCGAAUCUUCUUAGAGCUCAAGUGACUACUGCUUCUGCAUCUCAAACUUCACCUGAAAGUAGGUUACAACUGAAGAAAGGCUCGGGCAACCUUCAUAGUGGCAUGACCCUGCAGAAGAUAUUAUAUUCCGGGAAAGAUGAAGUUGGGAACUUAUCUGGUCAGAAGUUAUCAUCUUGCUCUUCACCACGUAUCCCAUCUGGGAGCUCUAGUAGAUUUUCUUUCCUGGAUGAGUUUGAUGACCCUGAGCUUGCCUGCCCAUUUGCUGCAGAUGAUGAAGAUCUAGUGGAUCCAUACAGGGCUGGACCUGCCGAUGCUGAUGAGAAUUUGGCAUCUGGACAACUUGUCCCGGUGAGGUCCUCAGAUGCAGUGAUCGGUGCUCUUGUUAGAAUGCUCAAGUCUGCUGCGCCUCUGAGACCAGAUCUCCCAAAUCCGUUAACAUCUUCCCAAACUCUGAAGGAAGGAGACAAGGAUGUUGGAGCAGAGAAACUAAACAUUGCUUCAGGUCCGGUUACUGCUUCUGGUCUUUUAAGGUCAAUGACUGCUGCUGAUGCAUUAAAAGAGCUGAAAAAUUACAAGCAGAUGAAAGAAUCAUUUCUUAAGCAAGGGGGUCUUCAGUCAUUAAAUGUUCAACAAGAAGAAAUUCCAGGUUCUCAAGGUUCAUCUGAGAUCUAGUGAUAUUGAUUCAUUUAUGUACAUAUGUACAGUGACCUUGUUUGAAACUUGAGAUAUGUAUGGCUUUCCUUUAGGUUUCAAUUUCAAUUAUAGUAACUUAUUAUUAUUAUUAUUAUAGGUAUAGAUAUAUAGCAGUAUUAAAUGUAAGCAUGCUUAAGCAGAUUCAACAAUAGGCUUGACUAGUUGAUUGUACUUCUCAAUGCGUGUGUAUGUAUAUUCUGAUGUUGCGGUAUAAAUUGAUCUAUUAUUUCCUGUA